CGGCGGAGAUGUAAGCUGAACUAACCGAGCAACACGGAAAGGCCCGAGAUCGGAUCGCCGAGCCUGAGAUGAAGGAUCUCACGAGGGGUCUCAACACCUUGAGCACGCGCGUGCUAGAGGCGCCAGCUAGCUGUGCCCCCAGUAUUCAAGACGAGGAGCUGUGUGAGCUGUUGGCGGAACUUAACAUUGAACCCGGAAAGGCUGCCGUGGGGGACGCGGUGAACACGCUUCAGGCUUGGGCUACAAUUGAGGACGACGAUGAAGUGAAGCUUUUCGGCAGGACGCGGUGGACGACAUGACGGCACAGCUAGCUGGGUCGCAUGUGUCUCCCGGGCCAGAGGAGGAGGACGAAGAAGAGGACGACGAAGAGGAGGGGGGUAGCGACGAUGAAAACGCGGGCCGCGGGCGGCGUGCCCCACCGGGUUACGCUGAACUGUCGUCACUUUGGGUACCUAGAGGCGGCAGCGGAGGAGAGUGGCAACGGAGACGCCGUGUACCACCUGUCGAAAGCGAGGAUGGCGAUGAUCGCAGCGAAUACCGCAAAGCGGGCUCGCCAGGCAGACAUGCGGGAAUUCAUCGCGACGUAGUGAGGGCGGGGGUUACAGCUUAGGGGCUGUUUGGUUUCUUGGAUGUCCCGUUCUUGCGGUCGUGUUUUAUUAUUUCUUGUUCUGGCUACAUCGAAGGAGGGUGAGGAGGAGACAGAUUUAGUUUCUUCCUUCACCAAUAGGUUGUGCCAGCAGGAGCUUCGCAAAAGUGUCACCGCCAAAAAUCCAUGGGCUCCAUGAUCAGUGGUUUGCUUUCCCUGUCGAGGAGUGAUGUUGAGGUUGUGCGAAAUGGUGUGAUCCGUUUAAGGCCAGUGCCACGGCAUUCUUGCCAACAAAAUAUUGGACAUCUAUGAGGUGCAUCCUUCGCGAUAUUCAUGUCAAGGGUUUAAGUCAGGUUGUGCAGGUGUGCAGUACGUGCGCUGAAGUGGGUACAGCAACAAGGUGCAGCAUGUGUGUCCCGUCCAGUUACGUUCAAAGCAAAAUAUGUCUGUUCGACGGGGCAGGAACCACCCCUAUCGUGGCACAGCAGUCUGCCCGCGACGCCCAUGCCAUGAUCUCACAAUGUACGUUUCAUGUGGUACUCUGUUGGCCCCGCAAAGCAAAGCGCUGCACUCUGAAAUCACACAAUUCGUCGAUAGUGCCGGUCUGGCACUAUUGAGGGAUUUUCAGGCCCUAAAUAGUGCCCCUUUGGCACUAUUCAGUCACUCUGAAGAAUAGUGCCGGUGCCCGGUAUAGUGCCGGUGAAAUUUUGCGCACACCCCGGCACUAAACAGAGACCUCUACUGUACCAUUUUGGAAAACGCCGCGCCGCCGCCGCCGCUGCUGCUACCGCCGUUGCUGUAGUUCCUACCCUUGUCUUGCACGGCUGAAGUCGUUCUUGUUGUCGACGAUGUGUUGACCUCCUAGGCUCGUGCCAAUAUUGAUGCGAACGCGCUUCAUGCAUCAGGGCUACCAACCUGCUCCUCCAGGGUGCUCUCCAUGAAUCCGUGGCGGGAAUCCAUAAGGUGACACGUAUUAACACCGUGGUGAGACCUUCAUGUCGAAAAGUUGGAAUGUUUAGCAUCGCUAUGUUUUGAGUAGUGUUAAUGUGGUGUCCUUAACCUUGCUCUGAGUUCCUGUUCACUACCGAAUAUUUUUAGAAAUGAGGGGGGGGGGGUAGCGGCAGCGUUACGAGACACCCGUUUCAUUGAAAAGUUGGUGGUACUUGUGGCGCUCGACAGCGGCACCAUGGGCGCUUCCCCGACCAGGGAGAUAUUUUCGAGACCCAAGGCAAACGGGUUGUUUUCGACGCAGCUCUUGCACGACACUUCCGUCCACCGUGUACUCUGUAUUUGCAUCACAAACACGUCCUUCAUUCGUUUUGGCCGAUGAUGUUGUGUGCAGCGGUGUUUCACUGCUGCAACCGGGAGUUUUGGGUACAGCCAGUAUUUUUGUGUGAUGGGUGGUGGGUGUCUUGUUUACUUGAGCGUCGGCAGAUUUUUCGCGUGCUGUGUUGUAUUUUUGUGAGCUGACGUUUAUCUCUUGUGGCUUAUCGAGUGAAACAAGGACUGUUUUCUUGUGUCCUUUGGUCUUGAUCCUCGUCAACUACCACUGCGCGGUCGAUUUGCCGGGAGGUAUAUGUGUAUGGAUUGGGGUCGAGGGGUAUUUUUCGUUUUUAGUCGUUCCUCCUUCCGUCCUGCCGUUUUAUGGCGAAUUCUGCGCGAUGCCGUUCGUCGCGACCACACAUCCACGUUGAGUAUCCUUUUUGGGCUUUGUUCAGAAAAUCUGGGGAGAUAUGAAAGUAUUCUAGUCCGUUUGUUGGUGAGACGCGGGACUACCUAACACGUAUAGAGAUAGACAGAGAGAGAUGAAAAAGGUGCCCGGCGCUCAGGCCCCACGAAGGGUUGGCAUGCAUGUAUCGUCGUUUUUCUUGAGGCCGUCUGCUUAGAACAAGAGUGCACGUGGUACUGUAUGUAGUGCACGUGGUACUGUAUGUAUGUCGCCUAUGUACGAUAAGAGUCACCUCGCGCUGGCUGGAUGGAGAUAAGCGCCUCAAAUUGCCCUCGUCUACUGUGCGUUGUGGGCCAUGUUAUUAUUUACCACUUUUUAAUAUGGUUUCCACAUGUGCUUUUCCUGGUCGUGGCCCGAAAAAAGUAACACGACGGCGCGUUCGCUGAUGACAUCCAUUCGUCCGCGCGGGGCGCGGGGAGGGGCGUGAAUCACGACUGCCUUUUUUCGUAAGUCAGGAAACAUUUCGUUGACCCGAAGGAAACCAAGAAGGCGUUUCCUCUGGAGGGUCGAUUGAGGGAAAGAGCGAGGAAUAUUGCUUGCGCAUGUUGGUGCGAAAAAAACGUAGC